GCCAGCAGAACCGAGCCCUUCCCUCCCCUCCGGGCGCCCCUGCGGCCGCUCUGUCUCUUUAAAAGGACUCCAGGCGUGGCUGCGGGGCUGUCAUCCUGUCCCCGCUGGACCAGGGACCGGACAGCCCCGGACAGCCGCGCUGGCACGCUGUGGGCAAGUGGGGACCGCAGCCACCACGGGGACCGCAGCCUCCGCAGCGCGGCCAUGGGCGAGUGGGGCUUCCUGAGCUCGCUGCUGGACGCGGUGCAGGAGCAUUCGCCCAUGGUGGGCCGCUUCUGGCUGGUGGUGAUGCUCCUCUUCCGCAUCCUGGUCCUGGCCACCGUGGGCAGCGACGUCUUCGAGGACGAGCAGGAGGAGUUCGUCUGCAACACGCAGCAGCCGGGCUGCAAGCCGGUGUGCUACGACGCCGCCUUCCCCAUCUCCCACUACCGCUUCCUCGUCUUCCACGUCGUCGUGCUCUCGGCGCCCGCCGCCCUCUUCGUCAUCUUCGCCGUGCACCAAGCGGCCAAGCCGGGGCGCGGGGGUCCCCCGGGGCAGCGCGCCCGUCGCCUGCAGGCUUUCUACGUGGGCAGCGUGGUGGCACGCAUCGCGGCCGAGCUGGCCUUCCUGCUGGGGCAGGCGCUGCUCUACGGCUUCAGGGUGCAGCCCCUCUUCGUCUGCCGCAGCCGGCCCUGCCCGCACCGCGUCGACUGCUUCGUCUCCCGCCCCACCGAGAAAACCGUCUUCAUCCACUUCUACUUCGUGGUGGGCCUGGUGUCGGCGCUGCUCAGCCUGGCCGAGCUCGCCCACCUCCUGCGCAAGAGCCGCGCGCCCCGAGCCGCCUGCUGCCCCCGGCCGGGGGAGCGGGCACCGGCCCCCGGGCAGCCGGCGGGGGCCGCGGAGGAGCCGUGCCCCCCGCCACGAGGAGCCCUGGCCGUGUAGCCGGGGGCUGCCAUCGCUGGCGUGAGUUGAGGCCGUUCUCAGCCCGGCCUCGUUGCGCUCUCUGGGGAGGUGAGACGGGGGGGAAGUGGCCGCGCCGUGCCCCGGUGCCCCCCUGGUUCCUGUUGUGGGCGGCGGAUGGGCCUCACCCGGCGGCUGCUGGAAAGAAAAACGGACAAAAAGGAAAACAAACAGGUCCUAUCCCCGCGUGGUGGUGGGGAC